AAGCCUUCUCUGUUCUAUGAUUGACUUUAAAAAGAAUUACAGGAUGAGCCCCUUAACCUACCUGAACAAGUUGACCAACUUCUCUCCGAUUAUGCUAAGAGAUUUAGUGAAAUUAAAACACCCCGCAAGCUUCAGUGGAAAAAAAGUCUCGGGACUGUCAAGGUUAGUUCUGGAGUUGCUGUUUGAAGAUAGGGUAUUGCAAUUCACAGUAGCACCUGUUGUUGCAUCUAUCAUUAUGAAAUUUCAAGAUCAAACGAGUUGGACCUCUAAAAACCUCGCGGCUGCUAUCGGGAUACCUGUGGAUGUAUUAAAUAGGAGAAUACAUUUUUGGAUAAGCAAGGGGAUCAUUGCAGAGUCACCAGGGGGAGAUUCUUCUGACCAUGUAUACACCAUAAUGGAAAACAUGGCUGAGACAAGUAAAAAUGGAGGAGGCAAUGGCAAUACUCAGGAGCUUCUUGGAGGUGAUGAAGAGGAAGAGAGAUCUGUGGCUUCGGUAGAAAAUCAACUUCGGAAGGAGAUGACUGUGUAUGAGAAAUUUAUCAUGGGGAUGCUCACAAACUUUGGUAGCAUGGCACUAGAUCGCAUUCACAAUACUCUCAAGAUGUUUUGCAUUGCCGAUCCCCCAUAUGACAAAUCACUCCAACAACUACAAAGCUUUUUAUCUGGUAUAGUCUCCGAGGAGAAGUUAGAACUUCGGGAUGGAGUGUACUUUCUAAAGAAGUAGUGGGCUUAUGGAACUGAAAUAAUCCUUUUGGCCAUAAGUUUUAAACAUAAAGGUUCUGACAAUAUGCUGAUAAACUUUGAAGGCAAAUAGCAAUUUGGGCUCCCCUUUUUGUUGCCAUAUGUGUUGUUGCCCUGAGGAAACUGGGGAGUGCUGACACGUGGCAUGGGUGAGAAAAAAACGUGAAGCUUUUGUUGAACUGGUUGAGACAUGAGAUAACAUGGCUUAAGAUAUGCUUCCUUCACAUGUUCCAAUCUAGAGUUGACACAAACUACAGCAGUCCAAGGUUCAUCAUGCUCUGUUGGGUAUUUUGGUGAGUUUGGCAAGUAUUUUCCAAAGCUGCCCCUUUUAACUAUGAUAUUUUUAAUUUUCUAGCGUCACUUGUCUGAAUAUAAUAGGAAAAGUUCUCUUAUAUUUAUGUAGUGUUUAUUGUACAUAUCAACUAGAUUUGUAUGGCAUUUUCUUAUGUAGCUCUAUUUAGCCUUAGGCCAACAAUGAGAUAAGCAUGAGACCGGAUUAUGUCAACUUCAUUAUUCAUUACAAGUACGAGACUCAUGCAAUCGCAGAGAUACAAUUUCUUAGUUCAA